CCCGAAACGUCCAAUUGAAUACAACCUUAGAAGCCGUAGCUGUCACCAUUCUGUCUUACAAAACCAUCACCAUUUGCUCACUGUACAUUCCACCCCACACCCACCUCACAACUAAACAAUUCGAAAAUUUAACACAUCAAUUACCGGAACCACUUGUUUUAGUAGGGGAUUUUAAUGCUCAUUGUACUCUUUGGGGCAGCAUCAAAACUGACCUAAGAGGACAGCUGGUUGAAGAUUUUGUCUUAUCCAAUGAUAUCUGCCUUUUAAAUUCAGGUUCCCCGAUGUACUUUUCACCAACUUCCUGCAGUUUUAGUUGUCUAGAUUUAGCUUUCUGCUCACCAUCUCUUUUUAAUGAUAUUAAAUGGGAAGCCGUCGACAGGUUUUAUGGCAGUGAUCACUUGCCCGCAAUCAUCAAACUUUUAUCAUCACCACUAACCUUAGUCACUAGGCCACGUCAGUGGAAAUUACAGCUCGCUGACUGGCCGGCUUUUAUGGAAAACGCGAAACUGGAAGCUGUAUUUUCACAAGAACUAAGCAUUGACGAACUCAACAAAAAAAUCACUGAAAUUAUAAUAUCAGCGGCAGAAAAGACAAUACCCCAGUCAUCUGGUAUUUUUCACAAAAGGCUAAAUCCCUGGUGGACGAACAAGUGUACCAAAGCCAAAAAGAAACAAAAUAAGGCCUGGGGAAUCCUGCAGAGGUACCCCAUUUAUAGCAACCUUUUAAAUUUCAAACAGGCCAAAGCCAAAGCACGAUUUAUUCGAAGACAAGCAGAGAAAUCGUCAUGGCAAAAAUACAUAUCUGUAAUUAAUACUACCAUCGCGCCAAAAUGAUUGUGGGACAAGGUGAGGAAAUUUAAAGGAGAGUACACAUCAUACACAAUACCACUACUCACAUGUCCAGGCACACAAACAACACUACAGGGCCAGGCCAACUUAUUAGGCGAACACUUUUACAAGGCCUCCAGCUCAGCAAACUACUCCAAUGCUUUCCUAAAUUAUAAAAUGUCGGCAGAGAAACAGAGACUGCCCACUACUGGGGCUUCAAAUGAACCUUAUAAUAACGUCCUCACAAUGCAAGAAUUGGACCGGGUUCUCUCUGCCGGUAAAAAAAAAAACGGCAACAGGUCUUGACCGUGUCCACUACACAAUGCUGGCACACCUAUCUGAAGCAUCAGUAGAAACACUACUUAAAUUUUUCAACAAGAUCUGGGAAUCUGGAGUAAUGCCUACAGACUGGGAAAAUGCAGUAGUAAUGCCUUUUCUGAAAUCAGGUAAACCCGCAACGUCCCCAAGAAGCUACAGGCCCAUUGCGUUAACAAGCUGUCUAGCCAAAUCCUAUGAGAGUAUCAUAAACAUAAGGCUCACAUUCAUUCUUGAAUCAAGGAACCUAAUAGACAUGCACAGUGUGGAUACAGAAAGGGCUGCUUCUACAACUGACCACCUCGUACGAUUAGAACAUGAAAUAUGUAACGCAUUUCUACACAAACAACACUGUCUCGCUGUUUUUGUUUUUUUUUCGAUCUAGAAAAAGCGUAUGGUACCACAUGGCGGUAUGGAAUAUUAAGAGAUCUGGCUGACUUGGGAGUGCGUGGCAGAAUGCUGAACUGUCUAUCUGAUUUUAUGGCAAAUAGAACAUUUCAGGUGCGUCUCAGCACAAUACUUUCACGCACAUUUACACAGGAAAAUGGCGUUGCACAGGGUUGCAUUCUGAGUAUGACACUCUUCAUAAUCAAAAUGAACUCUGUUAAUAAGAUCAUUCCAUCCUCUGUUAUGCACUCAAUAUAUGUCAACGAUUUGCAAGUGGCUUGCCGCGCCUCAAAUCUACCCACCUGUGAAAGGCAACUACAAAUAACCAUAAAUAAUCUUACGCAAUUGGCUGACAAAAAUGGAUUCCGUUUUUCAACAGACAAAACUGUUAUAGUUCUGUUCUCCCAGAAACGAGGGUUACACUGCAAUCCAGUUCUCACAUUGGAUGGUACAACCUUGCCGGUCAAAGACAACCACAAAUCUUUAGGCGUAACAUUUGACACAGAGCUGAACUUCCUGGCCCACUGUAACACAACUAAAAUUAAAACAAAUAAAGCAUUAAAUACCCUCAAGGUGUUAUCGCACAAGCACUGGGGAUCUGACCGAACUUGUCUACUACGUAUUUACCGGUCCCUUGUACGUAGCAUCCUUGACUACGGUAGUGUAGUUUAUGGUGCAGCUAGGCAGCCAUACAUCAAGCGACUUGAUCCAUUUCACAGUCUUGGCCUACGACUGGCGAGCGGUGCCUACAGAACAUCGCCUGUUCAAAGUUUAUAUGUAGACUGCAAUGAGCCUUCCUUACAACAACGCAGAGCACUACUUACACUUUCCUAUGUACUACGAAUUCGAUCAUCACCACAACAUAUAUGCUACAGCAUUGUAACACCGUGCAAAUCACGGAUACACUACACAAACAAACCGAACAUGAUUCGGCCACUAAUCUUACGACACGAAGAAUACUGUCAGACUUAUGAUGUUCCUCCUGAAGUCUUGCAGGUUGCUGAAAGGCCACCAAGAUUGCCACCACGGUACAACUUUUCACAGCUAUGUGACUGGACACUAACACAUCUAAAGAAAAAAGACAUUCCACAAGAACACAUAAUACAAGAGUUCCGAGCUAUUCAAGAAAUAUAUAAAAAUUACACGGAAUUUUACACUGAUGGCUCCAAAACACAAGAAUACGUAGGUGUCGGAAUAACAACCAAAAAUUGGCAAAAUAGCAUUCGGAUAAGUAAUUUUUCUUCAGUGUUUACCGCUGAAGUUCUUGCGAUAUGGACGGCAGUAAAAAAAAUUACGAGCGAUAAGCAGAUGAAUGCUAUCGUAUAUACCGAUUCAUUAAGCGCACUCAGCGCUCUAAACCUUAACUGCGCGUCUGAGCCCCUACUUCGUGAUAUCCUAAACAUGUUGGCCUAUAAUGAAUACGGAAGAACUUUACGAUUCUGCUGGGUCCCAAGCCAUGUUGGGAUACCAGGGAAUGAAGCAGCAGAUAGAUGCGCAUUCAUGGCACCGCACAAAGGUAUAACACAAACAACACUUCCAUACAGAGACAGUAUCCGAGUGAUUCAUAAGGUCCUGGCAUCAAAGUGGCAACUAGAAUGGGACUCUUGCAUAAAUAACAAGUUACACACAAUAAAACCUCUGCUUAGCGAGUGGAAGUCGUGCAGUCACAAGCAACGCUUCUAUGAGGUGAUCGUAUGUAGACUCCGAAUAGGGCAUACACACCUGACACACAAUUUCCUAUUUCAAAACGAAAACCCGCCAACUUGUGAGAAGUGCCAUGAACCACUCACAGUAAUGCAAAUUAUCAUGACAUGUCCACAUAUUGAAACAUAGAGACGGAAGCUUUUACAUAAUCUCUAUAACUUACACAUACCUUUACACCCCGCCUCAAUACUCGGAGAUGAACCGCUAGUGCCCUUCUUUGACUUUUACAGCUUUCUAGAAGAAACCGGUUUUUAUACAAACUCUAAAGUGACGCAGCUUUCGCUGCUUUAACAUUUGAUUUCUAAAUAUCUUGUGGCUGGCGCAGCAUAGCCUUAGUCGCUUUUGCGCCGUUAAACCCGAAUUAACUUACUCUUAAGAAAGAAUGGUAUAACUUACAUGAAUAUAAGCUUGAAAUUUUAGACCAGCACAUAAAACUACGUAAACCUUGAAAUUUUCCUGAUUCUACUUGAGAUGUUAAGAAAAAUCCUGCUGUACUUUCUGGAAGGGACAUGCUUUGCCAUACAUCAUGCACUUGGUCAUGUAAUAAAGACGUUUAUCGGUAAGGCAUUUCACUGUAUUAGGUGAAACUACUUCAGUUAAUGCACCAUGUUAAAAAUAGUUACACCAAUACUUUCCCAUUGCGAAAAAAUAUUAAUUUUGAGCCUUUGGUUUUCACUUGUGCUAUGUGUUAAACCUGUGUUAUGUGGAGAAGCAGGUGCUGCAUGGAGCAUGGAGUACAGGCACUCUUUGCAGCUAUACUCUGUUUCAGUAGUUCCUCACAGCAGAGCAAAGGCUAUGAGACCUGCAAGCGCAGAUUAUUGUGCAGCAAAGUCCAAUGUGCCAUAGUUCGGAACCUGUUGCUUGACUAAAUGUCCUUGACAAGUGGUCUUACCAGCCGAAGCUUACUUGGAAGCUUCUCCUCAGGUCACAGCUGCAGCUUCUUGCGCAAUGUUGCUUCAUUUCGUAAUAACAUUUGUGGCCAAUUUCUUGCCCUUACACAGCUCUGUUUGUACAUUCUUGUUCAUAGCAAGCCAACUUUCUUCAUCCAUGCCGUCCUGGACCAGAUGACACCGCAAUGACUGUGGGAGCUGUGGCUGAUUAUCAAGCGACACGUAGGGUUACAGGGGCUGACUUGGCAUGGCCUACAGUGUGGUGAGCAGAGCAAGUGCAUUCUUUGCUGAACGUAGCGUCAUCUGUUCCACUAUAUCAAGCCUUCACAACUGCUACCCAGCGGGAUUUGCAGAGGAUUUCUCGCCCUUACACGGCUGCGUUUGUACAUUCUAGGACAUACAGCUGGAAAUAUGAGGAGUGUCAUAUAUAAGAGGCAUGCGGCGCAGAAAGAAAGGAAGAGGACAAUGUGCACGUAUCGGUCCGAAUGGCACGAGCCCUUGAGGCACGUGACCCAAGCUGUGAUCAAGAGAGAAACGGCGCUGAGCUGGCAUUAUCGUCAUGGCUCUGGGCCAAGAAGGUUGCAGCGUCAGCAUCACACUGGCGAUGGGAGUGAUGGAGGUUUGGUCAAGUUCGUGGCGCUGGCUGUCCAGGGUAUGGCCGUCGACCUCGGCGACGUUCGAGUGAGGCUCCUGGGACCUGCUUCAGCCUCUCAUGCCAGUCUCGGGCACUCCAGCAAGGAUUCCCCUUCAGAGGCAGACCAGCACGUGUGAUAGACCCCAGGGCGUCUCGUCGCCACUAGAAGUAGCAGCGGGACCUGGAGUUAGGCCUAACUGAUGAGGCUGGGAUGCCACGUCACCGACAGAGUUCGAGACACCGGCAUCAGGGACGGACGAGUUGACUGGCCAACACCAAGGCAGCAACGCUGGCGGUGACAGCGAGAACACUGACUGAUGAAGAUCUGACAAGCACCGGACUCUGAGGUUACAUGCGACAUCAAAAGUCUUGGACAACAGUGACACUAAAGAUCCUCUGGAUCGCCGAAAUAGUAUUAUGCUUCGCUGGAUGUAUUUUAGGAAGCAUAAGACAUCGUUUGGCUUCAUAAGAAGCUGGUCGGGCAAGGUCUUUUUGUGUUUUGUGAGCAGGUUCUGACCAUCAUUCAGCUCCAGCACUGAUUAAUUUUCACCCAUAUUCUAUAUGAAUAGAUGUUUUUGUUUGCCUGGCGUUGUCUAUGGGCAAGAAUGGGGGCCAAUCCUGUAGGUAGUGUAAUACUGGGCUGACCCGCAUUGGAGAUGAAGAAGGCUUCAAGCACUCAGCAGAGUGAAGUGAAAACUACAGACUUUCUUUGUUUCAAUAAAGAACAAGCCCAAAACAAGCAUCCAAACCACUUGAUGAUAAGGCACUUCUGAUAGUAAUGCAAAGCACGUGCAUAGCACUUAAUGCAUAUGUUUCCCAGUAAAGAUUACGUAUGUGCAAGGUGCUGCGGUGACGGCAGCUUGCAAUGUGGGGAGUGACGUCACUAGCCUUUCGUAUAUCAAAGAACCAGCCUAGCAACUGAUUUCAUUGUCGUGGCAGCAGCGCUAUGGGUAGCCAAUGCAUACUAGUUAAAACUCCCGAGGAGCGGCAAAGGCAAAAAGAAACGGAGAUACGACCAGCAGCGGCAUGCUGUCAAAAUUGCCAUUACUACCAUUGCUCUAAUGCAAUAAAACAUUGCUUACCCCUUAUCAGUUGUAGUGGUAGUUUUUCAACAGAUGGCGAGUG